AUGGGCGAGACAAUCGUCGUAGUGGGGGCUGGAGUGUCGGGGCUGACGACGGCUCUCCUCCUAUCGAGGGACAAGACCAACUCUGUCACCGUCGUGGCCAAACACAUGCCCGGCGACUAUGACAUAGAAUACGCGUCGCCUUACGCCGGAGCCAAUGUGUUGCCCAUGUCCACCGGAGAUGACAACCAGCUCGAGGCCCGUACAUGGCCGGAGCUGAAGCGUCUCAGCGAGGAGGUGCCCGAGGCGGGAAUUCACGCUCAGAAAUGCCAAAUCUAUAGAAAUGACCCCAAUGCCGAGGGUCUCAUGGGAUCGAACCCGUGGUUCUCGACCUUGUUCGACGACUACCGCGAGCUGGAAGCCCACGAGGUCAUCCCCGGGUGCACCUCGGGCUGCGAGUUCACGAGCGUCUGCAUCAACGUGCCCGUCUACCUGUCCUGGCUGGUAGGUCAGAUAGUCCGCAACGGCGGGGUGUUGAAGCGCGGCGUGGUCGGGCACAUCCGGGAGGCGCGGCGCAUGAGCCACACGGGGAGGGAGGCCAGCGUGGUCGUCAACGCCAGCGGCCUGGGGUCCCUCCGCCUCGGCGGCGUCGAGGACGGCCGGAUGACGCCUCUGCGGGGCCAGACGGUCGUGGUCCGCAACGAGGCCGACGCCAUGAUGGUCGUCGCGCCCCCCUACGACCACGACCACGGCCACGACCCGCCGACCGACAUUGUCUACAUGAUGACCAGGGCCGCGGGCGGCGGCACCGUCCUCGGAGGCACGCUCGAGGAGGGCCGGUGGGACUCCCAGCCCGACCCGAACACGGCGCUGCGCAUCAUGGACAGGGCCGUCCGCGCCAAGCCCCAGCUCGCGGGGGGCAGGGGCGUCCGCGGCCUGAGCGUCAUCAGGCACGCCGUCGGCCUCAGACCCUACAGGCGCGGAGGCGUGCGCAUCGAGAGCGAGAGACUCGACGGCGGGGACGCCUGGGUCGUGCACAACUACGGCCACGCUGGCUGGGGCUACCAGGGCUCGUACGCUUGUGCCGAGGAGGUCGUCAAGCUUGUGGAGGGUAUUUCGAGGGACAGGCUCGGUGGACCUAAGCUGUGA